AUGAUCCUGCACAACAAGCUCCGCACCUUCAACCUGUCCAGCGACCUGACCCAAGAGAAGCCAUGGCGGAAGUCCCCUUACUCGCAGACAGACCUCCCGCGCCUGCGCAAGGGGCACGUCGCGGCGCAGUUCUGGUCCGUUUACGUCCCUUGCGAGGCGCAGUACAUGAACACGGUGCAGUUGUUGCUCGAACAGAUUGACGUCAUCAAGAGGAUCAUAGCUGCCAGCCCCAGGGAGACGAAGCUGGUGACGUCGUCGGGAGAGAUCCUCGAAGAAUUCGGGUGUGGUCGCGUGGCCAGCCUGUUGGGCGUGGAGGGAGGCCACGGUCUCGGCAGCAGCAUGGGCGUGCUGAGGGCGCUGUACGAUUUGGGCGUGCGCUAUCUGACGCUCACCCACAAGUGCCACACGCCAUGGGCCGAGUGUUCUGAGACGAUUAACCACGUGGCACCCAAUGCUCCAGGCCUCACGCAGUACGGCAAGGAGAUGAUCCUGGAGAUGAACCGGCUGGGGAUGAUGAUCGACCUCUCCCACUCCUCCAGCCAGACGGCGCGGGAUGUCCUGGCCACCACCCGGGCCCCCGUCAUCUUCUCGCACUCCGCUGCCUACGCCCUCUGCGACGCCCCGAUGAACAUACCUGACGACGUCAUCAGCGCUUUGGUUGAGAAUGAUGGUGUCAUUAUGGUGAGCUUCUACAACGAUUUCCUCACGUGUGGGAAGCCUAGCAACAUAGCCAGUGUUAUUGAACACAUCAAUCACGUGCGCACGAUGGCGGGCGUCGAUCACGUGGGCGUGGGCGCUGGUUACGACGGCAUUAAUAGUUAUAUGAAAGAGAUAACAUAG